AUGGUCCGCUCGACCCACCCUUUCUCCCAACAAGUCCCUGCAGGUACAACUCCUGCUGCUCACCAGGGACUCGUAUCUCGCACUAUUGCAUUGACGAUCGCUCUGGUAGCCCUUGUCAACCCAACUUCUGCAGGAACAUACCAACCCGUGUCCUACCCUGCCACAGCCGUCCUCGAGAACCGGCUCUUUAUCUAUGGAGGCCUCACCAAUUUAUCGUCACCCACCUCGUACACCUCCCAGUUCCUGACCCUCCAACUCGACGACGAUUUCGACAAUGACAAAAUUCCUUGGGAAUUCCACACCGAGGGCUCUUCCUCGUAUUCAUCCAUGGCUACAGCAAUGGCGUCUGGCUCGCCUAGUAAGGACUACAACCGAUUCAUCGUCACCGGUAACCGCAACAACAUUGGUCGCUCACCAGCAACCGUCUAUGAUACCGACAGUCAUACUUGGAGUUCGGCAGCGGAUCUUCCGGAGGUUGCAGGAAACGCGACGACUCGAAUGCAGGAUUACAGAAGCGACUCACCAGGGGUAGCUUUGGACUCGAAGAAUGGGAUGCUGAUAGAGUUUGGAGGACGCAACGCCACAGCGAUUACCAAUGAAAUCUCGAUCCUCAAUACCACCAAACCUUCGGAUCAGAUGACCUGGUCCUACAGCGGUUACCUCAACGCAGUGCCGGCCCUCUACGCCCCUAUCCUGACCUACUUGCCAUGGCAGAAUGCGACGUUGAUCAUGGGUGGAUGCAACCAUAUGGGCGCAGACGAGAUCCCUACCCAAUGCGCGUCAUUCGAUACCGUCUAUACCCUCUCGAGCGACAGUGUUCUCUCAGCGACUCCUCAGGCGACGCAGAUCAGUCUCCGUGGCACAGUGUUUCCUCCUCCACGUGUAUUUACGUGCACCUUCUUGCGCAACAACAACAUUUACAUGGUUGGUGGUGGAGAACCCUUGACGAUGAAGCCUCUUGCGGACGUCUGGAUUUUGAACACCAAGAACUGGACGUGGACUCAGACAACGAUGUCUAACUCUCCUUCCAAGGGAAUCAUGGGACACAACUGCCAUAUUGCCAACUAUGACCAAGUCGUCGUUGUAGGAGGUCACGAUACUGAUGGGUUUCUCCAACGACCACUCUCGGUAAUCAAGCUGCACAAUAUGACCUGGUCAGGUAACUACUAUGCCCCCGGGGUAUCCAUCGGAGCCAAGGUCGGCCUAGGUGUCAGCUUUGUUGUCGUCCUUGGUGCAAUUGUCGCAGGAUUACUCCUCCGUCGGAGGCGCGCCAGGGCUGCUGCUGCUGCCAACGCAUUGAAGAGACAGGCCUCGGUCGAUCGACCAGAAAACAAUACUGGACGGAGAAGGCGUGUCAAGCGGUCUCAAUCCAGUCGCAGUGGCGACGAUGUCCUUCCCCAGCAUAACGACCAUCACCGCCAGCAUCAUCAGCAUUACUCAUCCGAACCGUCGUCGCCCAUCUUUCCGCACCAGUCGCAUAACAGCAACGACGGUAUUCCAUUGGAGCCAUUGGCAGAUCAUGAGCGGACAUUGCGUAGUGGCACAGAGUGGCCCCACGCCUCUCAUUCUUUUGGAGUCGAUAAGAUUACGAGCCAUAGCCAUAGCACGCGAUCGAUGAAUGGGUCGACUUCGAGCACGGUCGUCGAGCCUACUUCGCCUCGGUUCGAAGGCCGGCAGCAGCAGCCUGGUGCUGCUGUUGAUACGGUACCGCCGACAAGAUCUUCAUAG